UAUAACUAGCUAACAUGGCGGAGAAUGAAACCUUGGAGAGUAUCACGGAACAUGAACGAAUAUUACAAGAAAUUGAAAGCACUGAUACAGCCUGUGUUGGACCAACACUUCGGUCUGUGUACGAUGACCAGCCCAAUGCACACAAGAGAUUUAUGGAAAAGCUGGACGCUAGAAUACGGAAUCAUGACAGAGAGAUUGAAAAAAUGUGCAACUUCCACCAUCAGGGCUUCGUGGAUGCCAUCACUGAACUGCUCAAAGUGCGCGCAGAUGCUGAGAAACUGAUGGUCCAAGUUACCGACACCAAUCGAAGACUUCAAGACGCCGGACGAGAGGUGACAGCCCAAACAGAAGAGGUCAUUCGCUGCAGGGUUCAGCAGAGGAACAUGGCCACUACUGUGGAGAAGCUUCAGCUCUGUAUCCCUGUUUUAGAAAUGUACAGCAAAUUGAAGGAGCAGCUUGAAUCUAAAAGAUACUACGCGGCUCUGAAAACAAUGGAGCAACUUGAAAACAUUUAUAUUCCUCGCGUGAGCCAAUACCGUUUCUGUCAGAUCAUGGCAGAGACGCUUCCUAAACUCAGAGAAGAAAUCAAAGACAUCUCCAUGUCUGACCUGAAAGAUUUCCUCGAGAGUAUCCGAAAGCACUCCGAUAAGAUAGGGGAAACAGCCAUGAGACAGGCCCAGCAGCACCGGACGUUUAACAGUGCGCUGCAGAGGCAGGCCAGUCUGGGCUGUGCUAAGCCUCUUUAUAGCCUGAACGGACGCGGUCCUCUUCAGCUCAACGGCAGGGCUCCGGACGAUGGCACAGAGGAAGAGGAGGCAGAUGAAGAGAUUUUAACGGCUCAAGAUCUAGUGGAUUUUUCCCCUGUUUACCGCUGUCUCCACAUCUACACUGUUUUGGGAGACAGAGAGACAUUUGAAAAUUACUACAGGAAACAAAGGAAAAAACAAGCAAGAUUGGUACUGCAGCCCCAGUCAAAUAUGCAUGAAACGGUAGAGGGCUACAGAAAGUACUUUAAUCAGAUUGUUGGGUUUUUUGUGGUGGAGGACCACAUUUUGCAUGCCACACAGGGACUGGUGACCAGAGCCUUCACAGAUGAGCUGUGGAACAUGGCCCUGUCCAAAAUUAUUGCCGUUCUUCGCACACACUCUUCUUACUGCAAUGACCCAGAUCUGGUCCUAGAGCUGAAGAACCUGAUUGUCAUAUUCGCUGACACUUUACAGGGCUAUGGGUUCACAGUGAACAGACUUUUUGACCUUCUGUUUGAGAUUAGGGAUCAGUACAAUGAAACACUGCUGAAGAAAUGGGCUCUAGUAUUCAGAGAGAUAUUUGAGCAGGAUAACUAUAGCCCCAUCCCUGUGGAAAAUGAGGAAGAGUACAAAUCGGUCACUGGUAGAUUCCCCUUCCAUGAUGCAGAGAUUGAAAAGCAACCAUUUCCAAAGAAGCUUCCCAUGUCCCAGUCGGUGCCUCAAAUCUACAUUCAGGUGAAGGAGUUCAUUUACGCCAGCCUAAAGUUCUCAGAGUCCCUCCAUCGCAGUUCAACAGAGAUCGACGAUAUGCUUCGUAAAUCCACCAACCUGCUGCUGACAAGAACACUAAGCAGUUGCUUACAGAACCUUAUCAAAAAGCCACAUAUAGGACUCACUGAGCUAGUUCAAAUUAUCAUAAAUACAACCCACCUAGAACAAGCCUGUAAAUACCUGGAAGAUUUUAUCACAAACAUCACAAACGUCUCCCCAGAAACUGUUCACACAACAAGGCUCUACGGGCUGUCUACCUUCAAGGACGCUAGACACGCCGCCGAGGGAGAGAUCUACACCAAACUCAACCAGAAGAUCGAUGAGUUUAUCCAGCUGGCCGAUUACGAAUGGAGCAUGGCCGAGUCGGAUGGGCGUGCCAGCGGAUACCUCAUGGAUCUCAUCAACUUCCUACGGAGCACUUUCCAAGUCUUCACGCACCUUCCCGGAAAGGUGGCCCAGACGGCCUGUAUGUCUGCCUGUAAGCACUUGGCCACCUCACUGAUGCAAAUGUUGCUGGACACAGAACUCAAGCAGAUCAGCAUGGGUGCCAUUCAGCAGUUCAACCUGGAUGUCAUCCAAUGUGAACUGUUUGCCAGUUCAGAGCCAGUGCCAGGUUUCCAGGGGGACACACUACAGUUGGCAUUCAUCGACCUGCGACAGCUCUUAGACCUGUUUAUGGUGUGGGACUGGUCUACAUACCUGGCAGACUAUGGCCAGCCAACGUCAAAGUACCUGAGAGUCAACCCCUCUACAGCGCUAGCACUUUUGGAAAAAAUGAAGGACACAAGCAAAAAGAACAACAUCUUCUCCCAGUUCCGCAAGAACGACCGGGACAAGCAGAAGCUCAUAGAGACGGUGGUGAAGCAGCUGAGGAGCCUGGUGAACGGGAUGUCUCAACACUCCUAGACCGCUUCACCUUCCGCGACGUGCCCAACGGCUCACGUCCAGACGCCCAGCUUUCCUUCGACUGUAUGAAUGCAUGGUGUAUAGUUUGUGGUGAAACGGACUGCAUUACUUUCUUUCAAUUGAUUCACUCUUAUUUCCAAACCCCGUUGGCCCCUCCUUGUAUAGUAACAGUGUGUAUUAUAGUGUAACUGAUCAAAGUAAUGCAGUGUAUUUUGGUGACAGCACCACAUGCUCUUUGCCAAAUGUGUCCCAAUUCUCAUUUUUAUCCGACUGGGUAGAUACUGUAAAUACGUGAGGGAAGAAAUGGGGGAGAAAAA